AUGUCCGAUGGAUGUGAUGCUUUGUGGGACGUCUCGCUGCAUGACUUGCGGGCCGUCUACGACCCUGAGAUGCACUUAUCUAUGCUGCGGGACAGCCGGCGACACCAAUUCUAUGACCAGUGCCUGGCAAAGCACGUCAGCGAGCUGCGGGGCAAGGUCGUCAUCGACGUGGGCGCAGGCACUGGCAUCCUUUCCGCCCUGGCAGUCAGAGGGGGAGCCGCGCAAGUGCAUGCGGUGGAGGCCCUCCCAGAGCUCUGCAAGCUUAUCCCCAAAGUCCUGGCGGGCGCCCUGCCCAAGGAGGAG